AUGAAGAAAAGAAUUGCAGAGGGAGGCACAAACUCAAACGGGAAUGAAUCAAGAUCAAAGAAGCAGAGAAGAGGCUCAAACUCAAAAAAAGAACGAAUGGCGAAGAAGUUGCAUCAAAACACUCUGAUCGACGCAAUCAAGAAAAGAAUUGCAGAGGGAGGCACAAACUCAAACGGGAAUGAAUCAAGAUCAGAGAAGCAGAGAAGAGGCUCAAACUCAAAAAAAGAACGAAAGGCGGAGAAGUUGCACCAAAACACUCUGAUCGACGCAAUCAAGAAAAGAAUUGCAGAGGGAGGCACAAACUCAAACGGGAAUGAAUCAAGAUCAGAGAAGCAGAGAAGAGGCUCAAACUCAAAAAAAGAACGAAAGGCGAAGAAGUUGCACCAAAACACUCUGAUCGACGCAAUCAAGAAAAGAAUUCCAGAGGGAGGCACAAACUCAAACGGGAAUGAAUCAAGAUCAGAGAAGCAGAGAAGAUGCUCAAACUCAAAUAAAGAACGAAAGGCGAAGAAGUUGCACCAAAACACUCUGCUCGACGCAAUCAAGAAAAGAAUUGCAGAGGGAGGCACAAACUCAAACGGGAAUGAAUCAAGAUCAGAGAAGCAGAGAAGAGGCUCAAACUCAAAAAAAGAACGAAAGGCGAAGAAGUUGCACCAAAACACUCUGAUCGACGCAAUCAAGAAAAGAAUUGCAGAGGGAGGCACAAACUCAAACGGGAAUGAAUCAAGAUCAGAGAAGCAGAGAAGAUGCUCAAACUCAAAUAAAGAACGAAAGGCGAAGAAGUUGCACCAAAACACUCUGAUCGACGCAAUCAAGAAAAGAAUUGCAGAGGGAGGCACAAACUCAAACGGGAAUGAAUCAAGAUCAGAGAAGCAGAGAAGAGGCUCAAACUCAAAAAAAGAACGAAAGACGAAGCAGUUGCACCAAAACACUGUGAUCGACGCAAUGAAGAAAAGAAUUGCAGAGGGAGGCACAAACUCAAACGGGAAUUGA